AUAAUGAUUAGGUAAAAGCAAUAAAUCAUUACCUUCUAUGACUACUGGCACUAUAAGAGCAGAGAAGUAUGUAUUCUCACAAAAGUCUACUAAGGCAGUGAUUUGAGAGUUAGUAGAAUUUGACAAAAAUAUUGAGGGAUAGCCAUGGGAGAGGAAGUAACUAAGAUGGGAGAAAAUGGCCCCUUAUCAGCAAAGCUGCAGCAACCUACACACUUUGUCCUGGUGCAUGGAAUAAGUGGAGGGAGUUGGUGCUGGUACAAAAUCCGGUGUCUCAUGGAGAAUUCAGGCUAUAGGGUCUCCUGUAUUGAUCUCAAAGGCGCUGGCAUCGAUCCGGCCGACGCCGAUUCUGUUCAUUCCUUUGAUGAUUAUAACAAACCUAUAAUGGACUUCAUGUCUUCCUUGCCUGAUAAUGAGAAGGUGAUACUGGUAGGUCAUAGUGCCGGAGGGCUAAGUGUAACACAGGCAACUCACAAGUUUGCAAAGAAGAUCCGGUUAGCCGUGUACUUGGCUGCCACCAUGCUCAAGCUGGGAUUCUGGACAGAUGAAGAUAUAAAAGAUGGAGUACCUGAUCUAUCCUCGUUUGGGGACGUGUAUGAGCUAGGAUUUGGAUUGGGACCAGACCAACCUCCAACCAGUGCCAUUGUCAAGAAAGAAUUUCAACGCAAAAUCAUUUACCAACUGAGCCCUCAAGAGGAUUCAACCUUGGCUGCCAUGCUUUCGCGACCAGGACCAAUCCUAGCAUUAAGGUCUGCAAGAUUUAAGGAGGAAAACGAUGAUAUCGACAAGGUGAUGCGAGUAUACAUUAAGACCACGCACGAUCAUGUUGUCAAACCUCACCAACAAGAAGCAAUGAUAAAAAGGUGGCCACCAUCUGAGGUUUAUGCACUGGAUAGCGACCACAGCCCGCUCUUCUCCACCCCAUUUCUGCUCUUCGGUUUGCUUAUCAAGGCAGCAGCUUCUGUUGGAUGUCACUAAUAAGAGAGUGUGAAUAUCCUCGUGGAUUGAAUACACCUAUAUUCUUCUUCUAUUUUCUUGAUUGUAUCCAAUAAUUUCCAA